UGGUAGCCGUGGCUCUUUUGGGAUCCCCGGCCUAUUCCCAAGGCCAUAGGGGCAUAUGUCUACUUACGGAUGCCCCACACCAAUGUGGUGCUUUCACCCUCGCCGCACUUUCACCCCUGUUCGAUGACAUGGCUGAGCUGAAGCUCAGUUUACGUGACACUAAAAUACGGGAAAUACAACAGAGUGUGGAAAUAAUCAUAGAAAACAAAAUGAAGGCAAUGCAACAAGGGAUACUUUCAGCCAUGGAUAAUAAAAUGCAAGCAAUGCUUGAAAAACUGGAAAAAAAAUUGGAAAACAGUGUAGAGGUUCAAAACGGGCUGGCAAGCAAAUUUCAAGACUUGCAGGAAUCACUAUCGAGUUUAAAGAAUUUCACCAAACCCAUUCCGCCGAAGUUCGAGCAGAUCGGUGAAAGGUACUUCUAUAUCGAACACAAAAGUAAGCAAAAUUGGUUUGCCGCUGCAAACACCUGUCGCCAGAUGGGCGGACAUUUGGCAUCCGGUAGGAACGAAAAGGAGGUGAGGCUUAUCAUGAAAAAACUGCAUGUAAAUGGUGACUACUGGCUGGGGGUAAAUAAUCUAGCAAAUCAGGGGGAUUUCGUGAAUUUGGGCUCCGGAAUUUCAAUUUAUUUUGACGAAAUAAUUCCAAAUUUUCGCUGCCUUUCACUGUCGAUUAGAGAUUGGCAUACUAAAGAUUGUUAUGACAAUAAACAUUUCAUUUGCCAAGCAGAUGAAAUUUAAAUUUAAAUAUUUGAAUAAAUAUUUUAAGGAGGCAACUGGAAAAAACCUUAGAAAAAUGAUUCAAUUAACUUAAUUAGUUAAUUAACAUAACUCAAAAAGAUCCUAUUACGUAUACGUAAUAUUUGAUAGACAGUAAAAUUUAGUAAACACUCAAUAUAAUUACUCAGGUACAAACAACAUUAAUUUUAAUACCCUUCAAAAACUUU